CUUCAUGAAGGCAGCCAUGAUCCAGUCACCCUUCUCUAGGCCUCAUCUCUUACAGUAUAGGAGAUCUCAUAUGAAUCAGUUUUCUAAGAACAUGCAAGAUUUGAAGAGCUGAAAAAAAAACAGCAAUAAAUCUGUUUUUUCAAACUGCUGGACCCAAACUUGUGAUACGCCUGCCUCAGCCUCCUGAGCAGCUGGGAUUACAGAUCUAGGUUGAAAUUUGCCCUUGACAAACAAGAAAAUGAUGAGUGAUGCAAGCGAUAUGUUAGCUGCGGCCCUGGAACAGAUGGAUGGCAUUAUAGCAGGUUCUAAGGCCUUGGAAUAUUCCAAUGGGAUUUUUGAUUGUCAGUCUCCCACUUCUCCAUUCAUGGGAAGCUUGCGAGCUCUGCACCUUGUGGAAGACCUACGUGGAUUAUUAGAGAUGAUGGAAACUGACGAGAAGGAAGGCUUGAGAUGCCAGAUCCCAGAUUCAACAGCAGAGAUGCUUAUUCAAUGGCUUCAGAGUCAAAUGACAAAUGGACACCUACCUGGGAAUGGAGAUGUGUAUCAAGAAAGGCUAGCACGCCUAGAAAAUGACAAAGAGUCCCUCGUUCUUCAGGUAAGUGUGUUAACAGACCAGGUGGAGGCUCAAGGGGAAAAGAUUCGAGAUUUGGAAUUCUGUCUGGAAGAGCACAGAGAGAAGUUGAAUGCCACGGAAGAAAUGCUGCAGCAGGAGCUUCUGAGUAGGACAUCCUUAGAAACCCAAAAGUUGGAUCUGAUGGCUGAAAUAUCUAAUUUGAAGUUAAAAUUGACGGCCGUAGAGAAGGACAGACUGGAUUAUGAAGAUAGGUUCAGAAACACAGAAGGGCUAAUAGAGGAGAUCAAUGAUUUGAGAUUAAAAGUUGAUGAAAUGGACAGUGAAAGACUUCAGUAUGAAAAAAAGCUUAAAUCAACCAAAUCUUUAAUGGCCAAAAUUUCUAGCAUGAAAAUCAAGGUGGGUCAGAUGCAGUAUGAAAAGCAGCGGAUGGAACAAAAGUGGGAGUCACUGAAGGAUGAACUGGCUUCUUUGAAAGAGCAACUAGAAGAGAAAGAAGCUGAAGUAAAAAAGCUACAAGAGAAAUUGGUUUGCAAGAUGAAAGGAGAAGGGAUUGAAAUUCUUGAUAAAGAUGAAAAUUUUAAGAAGAAGCUCAAAGAAAAAAAUACUGAAGUGCAAAAAAUGAAAAAGGCUGUGGAGUCUUUGAUGGCAGCAAAUGAAGAAAAGGACCAGAAAAUAGAAGAUCUCCGACAAUGCCUGAACAAGUACAAGAAAAUGCAAGAUGAAGUGGUGUUCCCUCAAGAUAAAAAAGGCAAAGAUGGUGAAUAUGAAGACCUCUUCAAUUCCAGUUCCAUCUCCACUUUGUUGGAUACACAGGGCUUUAGUGAUCUGGAAAAAAGUCCAUCUACUUCUCCAGUAACGUCAUCUCCUAGCUAUGACCCGUUCAACACAAGUAUUCCAGAAGAGCUCCACACCAGCAUCUUGCAAGUUUCAAUUCCUUCAUUAUUGCCAGCCUCCAUAGGCAUGGAAACUGCUGAAAAAUCAAAGUUGCCUCCUAAGCCAGAGACUUCAUUUGAAGAGAAUGAUGGAAAAAUAACCCUUGGUGCUGCUGUUGAAACCCAGCUGGGUGAUAGUCUUUUAACUUCGGGUCUACAAAAAUCCAGCAGCCUGGGCAAUCUGAAGAAAGAGACAUCAGAUGGGGGAAAAGAGUCUAUUCAGAAGCCUUCACAGGAUAAAGUUCCAGGAGAAAACAGCAUGUUUGGGAGUCUCCCUCCCAAAGCUGCAGGACAUGAGGCCUCUGUGGAUGACAACGCUUUUGGUACUCGAAAAGUCAGAUCUUCUUUUGGUCGGGGCUUUUUUAAAAUCAAAAGUAACAAGAGGACAGCAAGUGAACCAAACUUGGAUCGUAAACGAAGUGCCAGUGCACCCACCCUAGCUGAAACAGAAAAGGAGACAGCAGAGCAGCUGGAUCUGGCUGGUGCAUCUUCUCAGCCCAGAGAUUCACAGGGAAACAGUACCUUCCAGAUGUCUCCACUAUCUCCAGAUUCCAAAAAGAAAUCCAGAGGUAUCAUGAGACUCUUUGGAAAACUUAGGAGAAGUCAGUCGACCACGUUCAACCCAGAAGACAUGUCUGAGCCUGAAUUCAAAAGAGGAGGGACAAGGGCAACUGCAGGUCCUCGCUUGGGUUGGUCUCGUGAUCUUGGACAGACUAACAGUGACUUGGAUAUGCCUUUUGCCAAAUGGAGCAAGGAACAAGUCUGUGCUUGGCUGGUGGAACAGGGGCUGGGGUCCUACCUGAAUUCUGGCAAGCACUGGAUUGCAUCUGGCCAAACCCUUUUGCAGGCUUCUCAACAAGAUUUAGAGAAGGAACUUGGAAUCAAGCAUUCACUUCAUCGAAAGAAACUCCAGCUGGCAUUGCAAGCCCUCGGAUCUGAAGAAGAAACUAAUCAUGGAAAGUUGGAUUUCAACUGGGUCACUAGAUGGUUGGAUGAUAUUGGCCUUCCCCAAUAUAAGACCCAGUUUGAUGAAGGACGAGUGGAUGGCCGAAUGCUUCACUACAUGACUGUUGAUGACUUACUGUCUCUGAAGGUUGUGAGUGUGCUGCACCAUCUCAGUAUCAAAAGGGCCAUCCAAGUUCUGAGGAUCAAUAACUUUGAACCCAACUGUCUACGGAGGCGUCCAUCUGAUGAGAGUAGUAUUACCCCUUCUGAAGUUCAACAAUGGACCAAUCAUCGCGUGAUGGAGUGGCUGCGCUCUGUGGACUUGGCCGAAUAUGCCCCCAAUCUCAGAGGCAGUGGGGUCCAUGGUGGACUCAUGGUGCUAGAACCUCGUUUUAAUGUAGAAACAAUGGCUCAGUUAUUAAACAUUCCACCAAAUAAGACGUUGUUGAGAAGACACUUGGCCACUCAUUUCAACCUUCUGAUUGGUGCUGAGGCCCAACACCAGAAGCGAGAUGCCACAGAGUUACCAGAUUAUGUACUUUUAACAGCUACUGCCAAAGUGAAGCCAAAGAAACUUACCUUCAGCAAUUUUGGAAAUCUGAGAAAGAAAAGACAGGAAGAUGGAGAAGAAUAUGUUUGUCCAAUGGAACUGGGACAGGCAUCAGGAAGUGUCUCAAAGAAAGGAUUUAAGCCUGGUUUGGACAUACGCCUAUAUGAUGAAGAUGAUUUCGAUCGGUUAGACCGGAUGGAAGAUUCAGAAGGUACAGUGAGACAAAUAGGUGCGUUUUCUGAAGGCAUCAACAAUCUCACACACAUGUUAAAAGAAGAUGACAUGUUUAAAGAUUUUGCUGCCUGUUCCCCCAGUGCCAGCAUUACAGAUGAAGAUUCAAAUGUUUAACUGUGGAAACUGGAUAAGCACUUGGAACCCUUAGUCUUUUUUCCACUUUAUUUUUCAAAUACAGUGUAUACAGCAUGCAAGAGAUUGUAUUUUGUUUAUCGUCCUAAUUUCGGUUCCUACAGAAGUAGAAAUGGAAAUUGGGAAAUGUGCCUAUUUAGAAGUUGCCACAAAAAUGAGACACUGGUAAAGAGAGUAUAAUUGUUUUUCCUCUAUUUAAUGUAAAAAUCUAUGAUAUAUUUAAAAUGUUGCAUUUAAAAAUGAGUGUUUUACCAGUGUUUCCAUCCACACCCCCUGUAUGGAGGGUUUGGGGAGCAGUGACCGGUGUGGGAAUGACUUGGGCAAUCUGCAUUACCGCGGCCAUCUCUGCAGGACAUGCUGUGCUUUAAAGACGAGUAUGUGCAACCUCGUUAGGCAAUGUGUGCCCGCUAAAUGACAGUUGCACCUCCACUUGCCGUUUAUUUUAUAUUUUUUUCUAAAUAUAUAUGUACACACACAGUACAUAGAAAAUAAAGCUUUUUAUUAUAUAAGGAAGAUGAAGAAAAGGUUACAUCAAAAGGAAAAUACCUCUCAAAUGUCUAAAUUUCCAUAUACCAGCUAGUUCCUAAAGAAAUUAAAAUGAUAACUUCUUUCUCUACAGCUGAAUUUUAACAAUGUUGGUCAUUGAAACUAAGUAAAUAUACAUGAAAUACCCCUUUCCUUGGUGAUACCCACAAAAUUCUUGAACAGUUUAAAUAUUUCAUUCCUUUUUUUUUUUUUUUUUUGUACCAGGGAUUGAACUCGGGUCCUUGUGCUUCCAAGGCAGGCAGUGGAACCACUGAGCUAAAUCCCCGGCCCAAAUACUUCAUUCUUAAUUUUGGAUCUCUUUACCUUAUAAGGAAGAAUUUGAGGGACAUGAAUACACUAUAACUUGAAUGCAUUCAGAAGUAUUUGUACACUUAAAAUUUUGCAAAAAAUUUUCUACAGAAACAAAAAUCAAAACAAAAGCCUUUACAGUAUUGUUUUUGUUUUUUUUUUCUUUGCCAAAUACAUCGUUAUAUCAUUGCUAAUACUGCACUACACCUGCUAAUUGUGUGUUUUCUCAGACUGUCAGUGGGGCAGAAUUCAAAAAUUCUGAGGCUGCAACAUUAGUUUUGUAAUGACUUUCUUUUAGACAAAAUGUUACACAACACCAAAAUACUCUUUAUAAAGAACAUAGAAAACUGCAGCAAAAACAUUGUGUUUAUCUUGUUGUUGUUGGUUUAGGAGAAGUCCGUUUUUCGUUCAGUAGUACAUAAUUGUUCAUGAUAGUUAACUGUCUAGAGUGGGUGUUUAUGAAUUGGAGCAGAGGUGGGCGGUUCAGUUUGUCCCAGUGGACUUGGUUUUAAACCAUAUUGGAGUAUCAGUGGUAUUUUUCAUUUUCAGCAAAUUACCAGGCUAUUCAUCAAGGAAUUUAUAACACUAAAUUAUUGUGUAUUCAUCACUAAAAUGAUUUGACGCUAACAAUGGUUUUAUUUGAACUCUACCUAAUUCAAUUUGGUAAAUGUAUUAGACUCAUCCUGUAUUUGGGUUUUAUUUUAAUGUGAAUUUAUGGCAUCAUUUGAAAAACUCAAAUUUGUUAUUAGAACCUGGUUCAAAAUACCAUAAGACUGUUACAGAUACCAAGCAUUCUUCAUUCAGGACAAUAUAACAUAGCUGAUGAUAGAUGAUAUGGUUAAAUAGUUUGAUGAUAUAUUUUAUUUAUAAAAUAUAUGCUGCUGGUA